AUGGACCAGGCGUCGGCGGAGGCGGCGCACGCGGUGUCGGUGCUGCGCGGCCUGGCGGCGCUGCGGGCGGAGCGGGCGCUGCUGGACGUGACGCUGGUGGCGGGCGGCGGCGAGUUCGGCGCGCACCGGGCGGUGCUGGCGGCGGCCUCGGGCUACUUCCGCGCCAUGUUCGGCGGCGGGCUGCGGGAGGCGCGGGCGGCGCGGGUGCGGCUGCACGGCGUGGAGCCCGAGUGCCUGGCGCUGCUGCUCGACUUCGCCUACACGGGCCGCGUGGCGCCGCUGGCGGGGGAGGAGGAGGAGGAGGCCCCGGAGCUGGCCGAGCGGCUGCUGCGCGCCGCCGACCUGCUGCAGUUCCCGGCCGUGAAGGAGGCGUGCGGCGCGUGGCUGGCGGCGCGGCUGGCGCCGGCGGCGGCGCUGGAGCUGCAGGACUUCGGCGAGGCCUUCGCGUGCGCGGCGCUGGCGGGCGCGGCGCGGCGGUGCGUGCUGCGCCACGCGGCGCGGCCGGGCGGCCCGCUGGGCGCGCAGCUGGAGCGCGUGCCGCUGGCGCGCCUGCUCUCGUACCUGCGCGACGACGCGCUGCGCGUGCCCAAGGAGGAGGCGGCCUUCGCGCUGGCGCUGCGCUGGGUGCGCGCCGAGCCGGCCGCGCGCGCGCCGCUGCUGCCCCAGCUGCUGGCCCACGUGCGCCUGCCCUUCGUGCGCCGCUUCGCGCUGCUGGCCCACGUGGAGGGCGAGCCGCUGGUGGCCCGCUCGCCCGCCUGCCUGCGCCUGGUGGCCGAGGCGCGCCUCUUCCAGGCCGGCCGGCUGGACCGGCACGAGCGCGCGCCCUGCGCCCGCCUGCGCCCGCGCCCCUCCACCGGCCUGGCCGAGAUCCUGCUGGUGCUGGGCGGCUGCGACCGCGACUGCGACGAGCUGGUGGCCGUCGACGGGCUCAACCCGCGCGACGGCCACUGGCGCUACCUGGCCGAGUUCCCCGAGCACCUGGGCGGCGGCUACAGCGCAGCCGCGCUGGGCAACGACGUCUACGUCGCCGGCGGCUCGGACGGCUCCAGGCUCUACGACUGCGUCUGGCGCUACAACUCCAGCGUGAACGAGUGGACGGAGGUGUCUCCAAUGCUGAAGGCCCGGGAGUACCACAGCUCGGCGGUCCUGGACGGCCUGCUCUACGUGGUCGCCUCCGACAGCACCGAGCGCUACGACCACACGCUGGACGCCUGGGAGGCCCUGCAGCCGAUGCUCUACCCCAUGGACAACUGUUCCACCACCACCUACCGUGGCAAGCUCUACGCCACGGGCUCCCUGGCUGGAAAGGAGUCCAUGGUCAUGCAGUGCUACGACCCGGAGUCGGACCUGUGGUCCCUGGUGAACUGUGGACAGCUGCCCCCCUGGUCGUUCGCACCCAAGGCGGUCACGCUGAGCGGCCUGAUGUAUUUCGUCAGAGACGACUCCGCAGAAGUGGACGUCUACAACCCAGCGAAGAACGAAUGGGACAAAAUCCCUCCAAUGCUCCAGGUGCACGUUGGCGGCAGCCUGGCUGCCCUGGGCGGGAAGCUUUACGUCUCCGGCGGCUACGACAACACCUUUGAACUUUCAGGGAUGGUGGAAGCUUACGACCCGGAGGCCCGGAAGUGGAGCGUGGCCGGCCAGCUGCCGGAGCCCAUCUUCUGGCACAGCAGCGUCAGCAUUUUCCGCCAGUUCAUGCCGGAGACCUUGGAAGAGGAGGAGGAAGAGGAGCCCCAAACCCCGCUGGACAACGCCAUCAGCUUGAACCGGCAGCGCAACCAGGACCUUCACAAUCAGAGCUUGAAUGAGCUGCGCUAAGCGCCGGGAGGGGAGGG